AUGUCAGGCAACGUUCAAGAAUUAACGACGCUGGGCAUGGGACAGGCAUUCAAUUACGUUUGCUUGACGAUGAUGGAUUGCAGAUGCAGCGAAGCGAUACAAAUUUUAUACAAUCUGGUCGGCGAGAUGGUUAAGGCGCCUGGUCUCGUUUGGGUUGUGCUUGGGUUCAAAUCCAUCGACCGAACGCUGACUAAUUGCUUCCAGAAGCGGCCACCUCAGCCGCACAUUAACAGCACAACUGGUCCUGAUGUAUCCGAGGAUACAUCACGCAACAACGCAAGACAACACCGCACAGCACGACGCAAAACAGCCCAACAUGACACGACACUAACCGGUGGGAAGAAUUUGUUUGAAAUCCUCCUCUUCCUCUACCAGUCCCCCACCAUCUUCAACGAAUCUGCCUAG